UUCUGUCUAAUCUAGAGGGGAGAUAACGUCUGUUGAAUGAGUUCAAGGUGUGUCUCAGUGCAACAGCUGAACUCUGGAGUGAGAACUGUAUAUAAAGGACCUACAGAGUAAACUGAAACAGAACCAUCCCUCCUGAACAGAGGCUUUACAAAACAGGAAGAGAAUGGCAAAGGAAGAACUGGACAAGACACUGUAUGGAGGGGAGAUAACGUCUGUUGAAUGAGUUCAAAGUGCGUGUCUCAGUGCAUCAGCUGAACUCUGGAGUGAAAGAAACAAAAGUUGCACUUUACAUCUCUGCUUAGCAUCUGAAGAACUCAAUAAAAAUGGGGAACGCACCAUCAGAAAGUAACAUGGGCGAGCAGCUGAGAUGCUGUAAAUGUUAUAAUGUCCUGCCUCCAUGCAGAUCUUUCUCAGAUUUCUACAGAAGUACUAUUCAUGGGCGAGAUGUAUAUGUUUUCAAUGGAGGAGAAUACUACAGAACAGUUGGCCAUGAUAACUCAUACGAGUGUGAAUAUUGUUUUAAUAAGCCAAUCAGAGAUCAAGAACAACUGAGGAGAGAAGAGGAGAGGAGAAGGGAAGAGGAGCGAAAGAUGGAAGAAGAACAGCAAAGGGCCAAAGAGGCUGAAGAGAAGAAGAGACAAGAAGAACUGAAUCAAAGACUUGAAGAAUCACAACAUCAAGCUCAAGAGCAGCAGGAGGAUCAACUGAGCAGAGACAUUUCAGAGGAACAUGAGUCCAAGCGAAGAGUUCUAAUAAGCCAUCUGGAUGAGUUUGAGGCAAACUAUGACUCAGACAGUGAUGAGCUUCUAGAAACGCUCUCAUCAAGAUUUAACAUCCCCGUUCCAAGCCUCAGUCUCACUCAGCUGACUGCUGAUCAGCUGGGCAACAUCCUGUCAGCCCUGGACAAACUCCUGUUUGAAGAUUGGAUCAGUGCUCCUCCAUCCCUCAGCACUCUGCAGCACACACAGGUGUUCAUCACAGAGCUGUGUGCCCUGUCUCUGGAGAUGUCUCAGGGACUUUCCCUGCACAGCGUCUACGAUCAUGUGGAGUCCAUCAGCCAAUCAGCAUGCAGUGUUUCUGAGAGCUUCCUGCUGACUCAAGCUCUGUACCUGACCCUGAUGCACUUCUUCACUGGCCACGGCAGCUGUGAUUCUGAUGCAGCUCUAAUAGCCAAUCAAUGGGCUGAGAGAGACCUUUCCACUGAGGAUCUCGUCCUUACAGAAUUCCUCGGUACCCUCACAUCAUCGCUACACAAUGUGGUUGGAAGAGCCUCUGUGUUCAUUUUAAAGAUGGAAAUCCAGAGCUUGAAGCUGCUUCUUUUCACACUCACACAUCUCAAUGACAAAGAAAGCCACUCAGAAUCCACUGAAAUGCUCCUCAGACUUGUGCAAACAAACCAAUGGACACCAGCAGAGGCAGUGAAACUGCUCAAAGAGCUUAUCAAAAAUCUUUAUGUUCCAAAUUGA